AUGGCGGAUGCAAAUCCAGCGAAAAAACCUACCCUCAGCGACCAGGAGCGCGAUCUCGAACAGCAGGCUUUUAUUGAGUUUCAAAAAGCUGAUUACCAUGCAUGUCAUCAAACGCUGCAGAAACUGCUUAAAACGCAAGAUUGCAAUCCCAAGGUGCUGCAUAACAAGGCAGUGGUGGAAUUUUACAACAGUGAUCUACGACGGUACGAUCAGUUCCGUUCGGCAAUGAUACAACUGACCGGUUUGGUGGGUGAGAUUCGUGCGGUAGACGUAAAAGAUCGGGAGUCUUGUGCGGCGUAUGUGAAUCAAGCAAUCGUGCUGUACCAUUUCAAACAACCGCUGGCAGCACUGAAGAUAAUGCUCGCUGUUAUGGCGCACUUCGAUCGGCUGGAUGAUUAUUUGCUACGGCGGGCUGGUAUCUUUACCGUGCACUUGCUGCUCGAUACGAACCAACCCAAGAAGGCUAAUCGAUUGCUGGGAAUGCUGCAGAACCGACUAGGCAUACAGGUGUACGCCAUUCUCAGUGAUUCAGAUGAAGACGAACCACUUAUAGAUAACGAAAGCCGGAAAGAUAUAUCCGAGUUGCAGUUCGAGGAGUUCCGCAAAGAGUUUCGGUUAAUAUUGAUUCGUUCCAAUUUACUCAAUGGAAAGAAGAACAUGUCCAUCCCACUGGAAGAUACUUCGGAAUACUCCAUCCUCAAAGGGCAUCAAUAUUUCUUGGGCAACGAUUAUCAAAUGGCUGCCAAGGAACUUUCGAAGCAGUUCACUAAUGAACCGGUCAGUGUGAACAAGCACGGUGAAGAUCAGAAUACGAUUCUGGCAAACAAUAUGGGCGUAAUACACUUCUCGGUAAAACACUACGCACUGGCAGCGCGAUUCUUCCAGCAAGCACUGCUGUUUGACAAAUCUGCAACGGAAGACACAUCGACGGAAAAGGUUGAAGGUUCCCCACUGUACUGCGUCGGUGCUACAAAGCGACCCGAAAUCCUGUACAACCAUGGACUUGCUUUGCUGCACCUUCAACGUCCCAAGGAAGCUUUCGAAUGUAUGCUGAUAGUGUUAAACUCGAAUCACAAUAAUCCCCGCCUAUGGUUACGGUUGGCCGAAUGCUGCAUAAUGGUGCACCGGCAGGAAAAGCAGACACAAAACACGAACAUUUGCCACGGGACUGUGGGUAGUGGUGUGCAUCGGAAGUAUAUCCUUAAUCCUUUGCCAAAAACGGCCGUAGUUGAUGGUGACCAAUCGUUAGCCAUUCCGGCUACAACGCUCGAGUUUGGUUCGCUGUGCUUACGCAAUGCAGUCACUCUGUUGGAGUUUCACGAGCCGGAACUGAUCCGUCAAUCCGAGAGCAGCGAUAAAACGGUUGCCUGGGACAAGGUAUACGAAGGUGUACCUUGCAAUCCUUCGCUGCCGAUGAAGCUGGUCUCGUUCAAUAAGCUCAAGUGUGCUGUAUUGGCCGCGUACAGCUAUGUGCUGAAUACUCUUGGCGAGUAUAGCUUGGCGCUGAAGUAUGCGAAACAAAUGUUGACCAUGAAAGAUUUACCACAGUCUUACUUAUUACUCUCGCAUAUGUACGCAGCGGAAGCAUUGAUCAUGAUGAACCGGCCACUGGAAGCUAUAACAUACCUGGAACCAAAAUUUAUAACUGAGCUGGCCGGUGACGAUUUUGGUAUGCGAGCUUCCCCACACUGGAAUAUCAAUUCUGCCGAUGCUGCCCGCUCGGUAAUGUACUACAAUCGGGCAGUGGUGUCAUUUCUGAUUGGUGACUACGAACAGGCUAAAAUAGCGAUGGGAAACUGCAAUCAUCCGUUGGUAAUGCCGUACCUCAAGAUGCUGAACGUCUACCAGGAGCUGCUGCUAGGAAACUACGACAAAGUGCAAUUGCUGAUACGUUACGAUACGCCACAUUUGAUUUAA